CGCUCCUUUCUCUGCCAUACGACUAACUUUGUUGCAAUCUCAUCCAUAGCUUGGGAUUCUCUCCUCCCGAUCAUAGUUUGGAAGCCCACUGCCUUCUCCAUUUUAUUGAGAACUUGAUUUUUAAUUCAUUUCCAAGAAAGGUAGCAUCAUCAUCAUGUCCAGUCGAGUAGUUUCGAGAGUUGCACCCAAAUAUGUUCAGGCCCUCCUGAGGCCAGCUACUCCAUUGGCACGGCCCACAAGCUCUCUGCUGAUGAGUCAUGCAAAAUCGUCCUCCCAACAAGUCGCCUUUCAGCUUGCUUCAGCCCCCAGUGCUCGAUUUUUCAGUGACAAAACCACAACGCCCCCACCACCCACCGAAGAGGAAAAGCCUGCCACAGAAGAUGCCACUGAAGAAACCGCCCCCGCCACAGAAGAGGCCGAACCAGAAGUGAACCGAGAAGAGCAGCUCGAGGAGGAUCUCAAGGCAGCCAAAGAUCAGCUAUUGCGUAGCCUUGCCGAACAAGAAAAUACCCGUCGCAUUGCCAAACGGGAUGUUCAGGAUGCUCGCAAUUUUGCCGUCAAAUCCUUUGCCAAGAGUUUGUUGGAAGUAUCCGACAAUCUAAGCCGUGCGUUGGAGGUGGUCCCCGAAGAACUGCGAAAAGAUACGGAAAAUAAUCCCACCUUGGCCACGCUCUACGAAGGAAUUGAAAUGACGGAAACUGGACUCAUGAAGGCAUUCGAAUCGAAUGGAUUAAAGAAAUUUGGAACGGUCGGAGACGUUUUUGAUCCCAACAAGCACGAGGCGUUGUACGAAUACCCGGAUGCCCAAAAAACACCUGGUACCGUGGGACAAGUAAUCAAAAUUGGGUUCCUGUUGAAUGACCGAGUGCUUCGACCGGCCGAAGUGGGAGUGGUCAAGAAAGAGUAA